AUGGCUACUACUACCAAAGUCAAUGGCCAACAAGGCCCGGGCCGUUCAACAAAGCAACAAGCCCUAGACGAUCUGGUUAUGGCUACAAACAGCAGUAGUAUCGUAUCCAAACGGAGUGUAGAGCGCAUCUACUAUCCAAACGAGCCUCACUUCUUUCGUUUCUUUGUAAAGAAGUUCCAGCGGCGAGCUCCGUUAAUCAAUCGAGGCUAUUAUAUUCGACUACAUGUAAUUGACGUUGCUGUUCGUCGAUUCCUCGAAAGGCCUUCAGAGAAGAAGAAGGUCGUCAUAAAUCUAGGCUGUGGAAGUGACGUGCUCCCAUGGCAGUGUAUGACCAGAUACCCUGACAAAUGUCAAAAUGCCAAAUUCGUGGACAUUGAUUUUCCUGACUUGAUAGAAAAGAAAUGCCGGAUCGUCCAGGACACUCCCGAGCUCAGAUCUCCAUUAACUGGGCUGAAAACGAAUGUAGGAAACCAUGUAGUACUACAGAGCGAUCAGUAUGUCGAGAUUGGUUGUGACCUUCGUAACAUCUCCGAUAUAGAACGAGCGCUUUCAACUGUUGUUGAUAUAGCUCGCUGCGAGUUCAUGUUCGUGGCAGAGGUCUCCAUUACAUAUAUGGAAACCGAAGGCGCAAAUUCAGUCAUUCAAUGGGCUAGCACUCUUGGGCAAGCCGAGUUCUGUCUACUCGAGCAAAUUAUUCCAGACGGCGAGGAUAAUCCGUUUGCAAAGACGAUGCUGGCGCAUUUUGAGAAGUUGAAAACUCCUCUGAAAUCUGUUUUCAACUACCCAGAUAUCAAUACCCAGCGGGAUCGCUUCGUCAAAAGGGGCUGGUCACAGGUCAAUGUUGACACUCUCUGGCAAAUAUGGGCCGAUGACCAAUGGCUUUCGGCAGAUGAGAGGAGAAAGCUCGACGAGAUUGAGCCCUUUGAUGAAUGGGAAGAGUUUGCAAUUUUUGCUGCUCAUUACUGCGUGGUUAUCGCCAAGACAAAUCCGGUAACAACUCAAACGGCUACCAGCAUCUCCAGGGAUCUUAAGAGCUUCGAGGCCCCUAUAUUGUCCUUAGACGCCGACUUCAGAGAAUAUUCUGGUACUCGCGGGCAACGCCGAUUUGGGGCUGCGAUGAAGUUAAAGAACCACCUAGGAGAAGAGUUAUUAUCUAACACGUUCGGACUUGGGACGAAUAGUCGAUUAAGAUCAUAUGAUCUCUAUGCUAGCGAGUCGACUCUACAAGAUGUCAAGACGCAUCAUACUGGUCCAAGUAGUCGCAUGUGCCAUACUAUUACGAACUUAGGCGAUUACGGAAACCUCCUGGUGGGAGGUAGGGCUUCUCCGUCAAGCGCUCUACGAGAUUGCUGGCUCCUCCAUAAAGGGAGCAAUAAAUGGCAACGGGUAGAUGACCUCCCAAUACCAUUAUAUCGGCACGGAAUAACAAGACUCGGCAAUUCAGAGCUCGCUCUUUUAGUCGGAGGUAAAUAUGACGCAUCAUCCAUUUUUAAUGGGUGCCUCCUCUAUCGACCAGGCUUGGGUUGGAUUGAGUGCGAGAUUCAGGGGUCAGAAUAUGAACCAGUUUUUGGCAGCCUGUUAGCUAGUCUUGGAGGACCAACCCAUUCCACGGCAAACGAUGGUAUCCAAUUUGAUGGUAUGAUGGCAGGUGGUAUCUCUCGAGAUGGCAUUAUUGCUAAGCAGAUUUUGCGAUGGGCUUUGGUACUUCCAGAAAAUGGCAAGCCUAUAAUCUCAUUUACAGUUUUAUCGACUUCAAAUCCUCUUAAUUCGCCGACACUGGAGAUGCGUAAAGUCAAUAAUCCCGAUGAUCUAAUCAACCGCUACGGUGCCUCUGGCUUUAUUUCUCCGGAAGGAUAUCUGACUAUAAUUGGGGGCAUCGUCGCAAAUGACAUAGUCACUCGAGAUCUUGACGUCCUGAUUAUAGAUAUCUCCGGCCUGCAUUAUAAAUCGUUUCCGCUUGCCAGAUCGCAGGGAAUAUGGAAACACUCAAGAAUUGUCGAACUUACGGAAGAGGUAGAACGGAAUCAUGCCUCGACUUCUUCAAACGGGGAGGCUGUGGAGAAGGUCGACAUACCUAGGCUUCAGAUCAACACAGCAGAUGAAUUUUCGGCAGUGCUAAAGGCUGGGAAACCUGUGGUUUUCGAGGCAAGCCAAUUAGGAAAUUGUACCCAGACCUGGACAUCAGACUAUAUCGUGAAACAACUCGGUCCUGGUAGAGAGGUUGUUGUUCAUGAAGCCGAUAGCCAGAAGAUGGAUUUUAACAGUAAGAAUUUUACGUAUGUCACGAAGAAAUUUGGAGACAUCAUGCAGGGAAUCUCAGAUGGUCAAAAGCUAUAUCUACGUGCCCUUUCAGGAGAUCACCCAUCUGAUCAGCCGGCUAAUAUCAAAAUCGACUUCCCGCAACUAGCCGAGGAUUUCCAACUUCCCAAUGCGCUCUCAUUUGUAAAACAGAACGAAUUUAGUUCCGUGUUGCGGAUCACUGGGCCAGUUAAUAUGUGGCUUCAUUACGACGUUAUGGCGAACGUAUAUUGCCAAAUAGUGGGCUCCAAAAGAUUCAUCUUAUUCCCGCCGACAGAUGUUACCAAGCUCUCGUUUGCUCCAGGUUCAUCUAGCUCGAGUAUAGAUGUAUUUUCUGAACUUGAAUCAUCUUCUCUUGCCGAAACACAUCCUCACGAGGCUGUACUGAAGCCUGGCGAUAUACUGUUCCUCCCACCUCUUUGGCUGCAUACUGCAACUCCAUUGAGUAAUUUAGGGGUCGCUGUUAACGUCUUCUUCCGUAACCUUGAAAACGGUUACUCGAGUGGAAGGGAUGUGUAUGGAAACCGGGAUCUUGCGGCUUACGAAAAGGGCCGUCAAGAUCUUACACGCAUCGCAAACAGCUUCGGUAAGCUACCGUCUGAUAUGCGGGACUUUUACAUCAAGCGUUUAGCAGACGAACUCGCCCAGAAAGCACUUGACUAA